CCAAAAGGGGGUGUGGGGAUCUGGGAGGGGUUGGGGGGACCCAAGAGGGGUUGAGGGGACCCAGUCCCAGCACAUCCUGGCAGGGGAGAAGGGCAAGCCCAUCCUAAAGCCCCUUUCACCCCCGUGAGCCCCUCAGAACCCACCAGCCGCUCCCACUCCUGAGUUGGUGGCUCCCAGCCCUCAGGGAGCAGGGGCUGGGAGGUGCUGGGGGGUCUCAUCCCCCGGGGGGUCCCCACCGGUCUCACCCACUCAUGGCACCCCGAAAUCUCUCCCUGCUGCAGCCGCCGCUGCCAUGUCAGCCGAAAACGCCGCGGUGCCGGCAGAGGCCGGGCCGGAGGUGCAGAGCGUGGUGAGCCGCGUGGCCAACCUGGCCCUGGUGAGCUCUGCCUGCGGGGCCGUGGCCUCGGCCUACGCCUGCACCAAGGAGAGCCACCCGUACGUGCGCUCCGUCUGCGACGCCGCCGAGAAGGGGGUGAAGACGCUGACAGCAGCAGCAGUGAGCGGGGCCCAGCCCCUCCUCACCCGGCUGGAGCCCCAGAUUUCCACCGCCAAUGAAUUUGCCUGCAAAGGGCUGGACAAGCUGGAGGAGAAGCUGCCCAUCCUGCAGCAGCCCCCCGAGAGGGUGGUGGCCGGGACCAGGGAGCUGGUGUCGUGCACGGUGAGUGGGGCGGUGGCAAGGACGCGCUCAGUGCUCGGGGCCGUGGUGGGCACCCGUGUGGGGCGGCUGCUGGCCACAGGCGUGGACACCGUGCUGGGCAAAUCGGAGGAGCUGCUGGAUCGGUACCUCCCCGGGACGGACGAGGAGCUGGCGGCGGCAGGCACGGAGGUGGCCACAGACACGGAGGUGGCCACAGGCACGGAGGUGACCACAGGCACAGAGGUGGCCACAGGCACGGAGGUGACCACGGGCACGGAGGUGACCACGGGCACGGAGGUGGCCACACUGGAGCGGCAGCGGCGGUGGCAGAGCUACUUCGUCCGUGUGGGCUCCCUGUCGGCCAAGCUGCCGCACCGGGCCCUGCGGCGCUCGCUGGGGGACCUGCAGCGGGCACGGCACCGCGCCCAGCGGCUCCUGGCCCAGCUGCACCACGUCAUACGGCUGAUCGAGGAAGGGCAGCAGGGCACGGACGGGCCCUGGCACAGCACCCAGGAGCAUCUGCACCGCCUGUGGCUGGAGUGGAGCCAGCAGGACGCGGUGCCCAUGGAGCACAGCGAGGUGGAGGCUCGGACGCUGGCCAUGCUCCACGGGCUCCUGCACCAGCUCCAUGCCGCCUGCUCCCACCUGGCCGCCGGUGCCCGGGCAUUCCCCAGCAGCGUGCAGGAGACGGCGGGACACGUCUGGCACAGCGUGGAGGGCGUCCAGGCUUCCCUGGCCAGCGCCCGCUCCUUCCAGGACCUGUCAGGCCUGGUGCUGGCGCAGAGCCGGGACACGGUGACGCGGGCGCAGCUGAACCUCGAGGGGCUGCUGGAGCACGUGGGGCAGCACACGCCCCUGCCCUGGCUCGUGGGACCCUUCGCCCCCGCGCUCGUGGAGUACCCGGAGGAUGUCCCAGUGGACAUGUCCAAGUGGGAGGGCUGUGUCACCGUGGGGGGGACGCACCAGGCGCCCGCUGCCCCCCCGGUCUGCAGCCAGCACUGAGCCACCGGUGCCACCGAGCUGGGGGAGCACCCGCCCAGAGCCACAAACCCAAAUCCCACCGGGAAUGCGGGGACAGUGGGGACGGUGGUGGCACGGUUGGGACCCCAUUGUCGCAGCUGCGGACUCCUGUGGGGAUGGUGGCAUGUGCAGGACACAGCAUGAGUCUGUCUGGGAUCCAGGGCUGCCCUGAGCCCCAGGAGCACUGGGAUUUCGUGUCUUAACAGUUUCAAACGAGUUUAAAUAAGAAGAAAACAACGUUUUUGGCCUUAAA